AUGACGGUGGAACUUCCUAUCCCCGAUACACGCGUCCUGGCUGUCGCCAGUCAUGUUGUGUCCGGAAAUGUAGGAAAUAAAAUCGCCGUAUUCACUCUACAGUCCCUCGGCUGCGAUGUCGCGGCCCUCAACACCGUCCAAUUCAGCAAUCACACAGGUUAUAGACAAUGGAAGGGGACAAGGGUGUCAGCGCAGGAGAUCCGGGACCUCUUUGAGGGCCUCAAGCAGUCGUACUUGGACGACUUUGACAUGAUGCUCUCGGGCUACAUCCCCGGCGCCGAGGCCGUCGUGGCCGUGGGCGAUAUCGCAAAAGAGCUCAAGCGGAAGCAGGCCGCUGCAGGGACGCCAGGCAGCUUCUUCUGGGUCCUGGAUCCCGUCAUGGGCGACAACGGGAGGCUAUACGUCGCUGAAGAGGUCGUGCCCGCGUAUCAGAGCCUCGUCGAGCACGCGGACUUGAUUCUCCCGAAUCAGUUCGAGGCCGAGCUCCUCUCGGGCGUCAAAAUCACCGACAUGCAGACCCUCCAAACCGCCAUCCGCGCCCUGCACACAAAGUACAGCAUCCCCCACGUCGUAAUCACCUCCGUCUCCCUCGCCUCGCCCGACCACCCGCCCUCCCACCUCUCCGUGGUGGGCUCCAGCAUGUCGCCCACCACCGGCGAGCCGCGCCUGUUCAAGAUCGUCUUCCCGGCCAUUGACGCCUACUUCUCCGGCACGGGCGACAUGUUUGCCGCGCUCAUGACGGUGCGCAUACGCGAGGCCGUCAUCGCCGCCAGCGCCACCGAAGGGCAGCAGCUAAAGGAUCGCAAGUCGUGGCUUAGCGGCGACGAGGUCGACGCGCUAGACCUGCCUCUCGCCAAGGCGGCGGAAAUGGUGCUGGCGAGCAUGCACGAGGUGCUGACGGAGACAGCGCGGGGGAUGCAGGAGGUCGUCAAGGCCGCCGGCGGUGAUGCCCUGGCGGAGACGGAGGAGGGGAGGACGAGGCUGCACCUGCUCAAGAGCAAGAGCGCCGAGCUGAAGCUCGUAAGGAACCUCGCGAGCUUACGGGAGCCGACUGUGGAGUUGAGGGCGAGGAGGCUGUAG